UCCUCCCUUCACCUUCAUCUUGACUUGCACAGAGUACUUUCUUGUUGAUUGACUGAUUGACCGACAGUUUGUCUUGUCGCCGGUCGGUCGGUAUUGUGGUGUUUACUUUGUUUGUAUCAUAUACCUAUAACUAGUAAAUUAUAAAAUGAUGUUCCGUAAUAUUAGCAAAGUAAUAAGACCUCAUACAGCUAAAUUUGGAACAGCCGCUUUGCCUGCGCCAAAUACUAACCCAGAAAUUUUAUACACUGGGCUCUUCAUCAACAAUGAGUGGGUGAAGUCGUCGGACGGAAGGACCUUCCAAACGGAGAAUCCUGCGACGGGUAAAGUGAUUGCUGAAGUGCAGCAGGCUGGCAAGGCUGAUGUUGACAAAGCUGUCCAAGCAGCCAAAGAUGCUUUCAAAUUGGGAUCGCCAUGGCGGACUAUGGAUGCUUCAGACCGCGGCCUGCUCCUCAACAGACUUGCAGAUCUCAUUGAGAGGGACCGGACUUACAUAGCGAGUCUGGAAACCCUGGACAACGGGAAACCAUACACGGCAGCUUAUUACGGCGACCUUGGGGGUUCUAUCAAAAACCUUCGGUACUACGCUGGUUGGGCCGACAAGAACCAUGGACAGGUGGUGCCAGCCGAUGGGAAAUACUUGGCGUACACCCGCCACGAGCCCGUUGGUGUCUGUGGCCAAAUAAUCCCAUGGAACUUCCCGCUGUUGAUGGCCGCGUGGAAGUUGGGCCCGGCGCUGGCGACCGGCAACGUGGUCGUCAUGAAGCCAGCCGAACAGACACCGCUCUCUGCGCUCUACAUCGCUCAGCUCGUCAAGGAGGCGGGGUUCCCCGCGGGUGUGGUGAACAUGUUGCCGGGGUACGGGGACGCGGGCGCGGCGCUCGUGCAGCACCGGGACGUCGACAAGAUCGCCUUCACCGGCUCCACGGAGGUGGGCAAACUGAUCCAGCGCAGCGCGGCGGACACUCUGAAGAGAAUCACCCUGGAGCUGGGCGGGAAGUCGCCCAACAUCAUCCUGGCCGACGUCGACCUGGAGAAGGCGGUGGAGUCGGCUCACAUGGCGUUGUUCUACAACAUGGGACAGUGCUGCACUGCUGGUUCCAGAACGUUCGUGGAGGAUAAGAUCUACGACAAGUUCGUGGAGCUGUCGGCGGAGCGCGCCCGCCAGCGCGUGGUGGGGGACCCCUUCCGGCCCGACGUGGAGUCCGGCCCGCAGAUCGACCGCGAACAGCUAAAUAAGAUAUUGGAGCUGAUCUCGAGCGGCAAGCGUCAGGGCGCGCGGCUGGUGGCGGGCGGCGGACGCGCGGGCGACGCGGGCCACUUCCUGCAGCCCACAGUCUUCGCUGACGUCGGCGACCACAUGGACAUCGCCCGGACCGAGAUCUUCGGGCCGGUGCAGCAGAUCAUCAAGUUCUCGUCGCUGGAGGAGGUGGUGGCGCGCGCCAACAACACAGACUACGGCCUGGCCGCCGCCAUCUUCUCCAAGGACAUCGACAAGGUCAAUUACCUCGUGCAGGCGCUGCGCGCGGGCACAGUGUGGGUGAACGACUACAACGUGUUCGCGAACCAGGCGCCCUUCGGCGGCUUCAAGCAGAGCGGCGUCGGGAGGGAGAACGGGGAGUAUGGGCUGCGGAACUAUACUGAGGUCAAGUCCGUCGUCGUCAAACUCACUGAUAAGAACUCGUAAUUUUAUAACUAAUAACUUUCAUUUUGUAUUGUAAGAUUUCGUUAUACAGGGUUACUGGUAUCUAACGGAUAACCUUCCAAAGCCGCAUAAGGUACAUAGAGACUAACAUCUUUUGUUCUACGACUUUUGUCUAAACGUAAUAAAUACAAAAAAAAAUUGUUUUUUUUUUGUUUUAAUGUCGUUUGUAUAAAACGUUGACUCUAUAUUCGAUUCCGCCACAUGUUAGCAGCUACUGUACUGUCUCGUGUUGCUCAACAUAGAGUUGUGUGGAAUCGCAAAUUAGAUUGUAUUAUUUUUAUACGAAAAAAAAAACGAGGAAUCACGAAAAAUCUUAGAAUAAAAGUUAAUUGUUUCGAUGUACACAAGUAGUCUUAGAGUAGGAGGUUUUGCGUUUGAUACCAGUAACCCUGUAUAUAGGGUCCGUUUUUAAACAGCAGUCGAAUUUUCACACGACCCAAUAAAAAUAGUGCCGAGGACGAAGUGUUGGGUUUGCAUUUCACUUCUCACACACAGCUAACCAAUCACAUUGCAGAGUGGUUGUCGUCGCGUCACAACGGCGCACUGAUUGGUUCACCUGCGGCUCAUUGCCAAUCGACUCGAUAGUGAGAAGUGAAAUAUAAACCCACAUGUCGUCCUCAGUUAUCCAAAGGAAUUUACAGCACAAAAAAAAUACAAAAUAAAAUUUCGUUCUAUUUUUUAUGUCGUCGAAAUUGAGCUGGUGUUUAAAGCCACCCUUACGGCAACGUUUCCAGCUAAGUAUAUAAAUACAACAGACAGUGAAAAAAACAACCUAUUUUUCUCCACAGAGGGAGAAUGGGGAGUAUGUAUUUAAAUCUAAGCUUUACUCGUUAUAAAUGAUGUCAAUCAUUCAAAAAGUGAGUGUCUUAUGUCUAUUUUUACACUUGUAUAUACAAACAUAAUCAUAAACACGGCACAGCUGCGAUCUGAAAACGCGCGACGCGUGCUAUAUAAUGUGUAUGGUCGCGCGUUGGCAGCGUCUUGCAUUUUUAUUCUAUGCUCAACAAUGAAGCAAUUUACUUGUGUUCAUUUAAGUUUUAAAAUAGUUAAAGACGUUUCGAUUGUAAAAAUAUCAAGACAACAUUUUUUAUAAGGUUCAAAAUGUUGUCCUUGAUACGACUUUCAAAAUAAAGUCUCAAAACAAAAACAGGUGCUAAUUACAUAUAAUGUUGUGUGCAACGAAUGCAACGUCUUCCAUAUAUCUCCAUAUAAUGGACAAUGUUAGUGUAAACACAACUUAUUAUGAUUUUAUAUUAUUUCUCAGUACCAUCUUAAACUUUAUGUAAGCUUAUGUACCUAUUUGUAUAAUCUUCAGUGCUGUGUCAUAGAUAUAUUUUCUAAUAAAAAACCAUUUAUAUAA